UCUUGAUUUAUACUUAAGUUCAGAAUCUACUUAUUUCCCUUUUAUAGAAUCCAGUCCUUCGAUUUGGAGUUUGGGUGAGUGGAACUCAGAUGGACUCCGCAGCAUCCUUACGAUGCUACUAGUAAGGAAAUAUUCUUUAUGAGUAUGAUUGUACUCAUUUUUACAGUUUUAGCUGCUGGUCUGAAAAUCUUGAAAAGUAAACUAGGUUUUUGAUCUAAAAAGAAGAUUUUAACCAAGAUUUCAACUGAGGUUGGUUCGGUAUGGUUUAUUGAUGUGCUUUAUAUGGGAGAUUGGCAAAGAGAUGCUUCUCAGUUUUAUAUUUUACUGGAGACAUUGAGCAUCCAGUUGGUGUAGGAAGUAAUUAUAGGGUGGUGGAUGGCUAGGUUUCUAGACAAACACACCUAAGUUUGUUAAGAACACCCUUUCAAUUUGUGUGUGUGCAUUGGGGGGGGGGAUCUCAUGGCUGCGGAUAAUCGCAUGUACUUUGUUAACUUUAAUGACAAAAAGUUUACAAGUAUAUAUUGACAUUUGAACUCCUAUGUAAGUUAAAAUAUUUUAAAAUAGAAAUUCUGUCAUAAACUGAUGCCUGGAAUACAUUUGCAUAGCUAGUUCUAGAUGUGCAUCUCUCGCUGUUGAAGUAUUAUUAUAGUACCUUGUUGUUCUGUUUUUCAUUUUCCAUUAACUUGGUUUUAUCGUACAAUUAAGUUGAUGAAAUGAAUCUUCAAGCCCUUAAAUUUUAGCAAGAGGUCAUAAACCUAUCUAUUGAUAGGUCUGGUUUGCCUAUUUGAAGAUUCAGCUAUUGAAAAUAAAGCUUGUUAUAAAAUAACUUUUGGUUAUCAGUUGUUUUGUUGGCUGUUUUGAGGUAUCUACCAUAGGCUGCUGAAUUUUGUGACCCUCUCAUGAUAUUUGACUCUAACUAAGUGUUGUUGAUGCAUGGUGUGUCGGUGAUGUUGGGUUGCAAAAUUGUCCGGGUUCUAUGCAGUGCUUGCUGGGCUUGCAUUUAUGUUUUCAGCGAGCAUUUUACUGCAAAUCCUGGCUUGUGCAAUAUACAACAACUGGUGGCCAAUGUUAACAGCUCUUAUGUAUGUUCUAGUGCCCAUGCCAUGUUUGUUCUUUGGAGGUGGCUCCACCCAUUUCUUAACCAGUAGGGAUGGCGGGGGCUGGAUAGAUGCUGCAAAGUUCCUUACAGGGGCAUCUGCUGUUGGGAGCAUUGCCAUUCCUGCAAUCCUGAGGCACGCCAAUUUGAUAGAGACAGGUGCCAUGUUCAUUGAGUUCACUUCUUUCUUCAUCCUUGUCUGCACUGUCAUGUGUUUUCACCGGGUUAGUCUUGAAGAUGAUUGGUGAUUAUCUACCUUAUGCAAGAAAGCAUGCAACUUCUGUGCGAUCAAUCGGCAAAGCUGUGUAAGGCCUACACAAGAAAUUUCAAAGAAAAUAUAGUUUUCUUUUUCUUUUUAGAAAGGGCGGCGGUAUGUUCAUGAUAGAGAAACUUUAGGCUCUCCAAAUUGCCAUAUAAGCAGGAUAUAAAAAUACGUAAUUCACUGAUAGGUAUAUUCAUUCAGGAAGAUGAUUUACACCAUCGGGCUUAAUGCUUAUCGCCCUGCAAGUGCAUUAUACGUGUGUUGAUGUAUGUGCUGAUCAUUUUUCCUUUUGGUUUCAUCCCUAACAUGACCCAGUACACUUAAGCAAUGGUAUCCAAGUCAAUAGAUAUGUCUUGUUUUUUA